CAGAUACUAAUAUGGAAUAUAAUAAAGAUGAGCUAGAGGCUCCCAAGUGGCUUGACAAACAAUUUUUCACUAAGGUUCUUCAAAGAAAUGGAGAAGAGAAAGAUUUCAGUGUGCUGAAAAUUAAAUUAUCGCCAGCCAGUGUACAGGGUGAUCACUAUGCUAGUGUUAUGUUUCGAGCAUUGAUAGAAUAUCAAGUUGGCCAGAAGAAGCAAUCAAUAGCUUUAAUUAUUAAGACAAUGCCUGAAGAAGAGGGCGUAAAAAAAGAAUUUCUCGGUGAAGAGUCGAAAAUUUUUCAAACCGAAAUUGCCAUGUACACUAAAGUUUUACCCAAAUUUGAGAAAAUUCUUCAAGAAUCUGGAGAGGAUACAAUUCUUAGUGCUAAAUGCUUGUAUCAUAGCUUAACACCACGAAAAGUAAUCGUACUUGAGGAUCUCCUGCCACUGGGAUUUGAGGUAGUGCGUUAUAGGGACUUCAGUCAAGACGAAUUACAGGCUGCUCUGUCCAAAUUGGCCAAAUGGCAUGCUGUCAGUUACAAAAUUCUACAAGAAGAACCCGAAACACUGGACGAAUUGCGUUACGAUAUAACGAAUACAAUACCCAACUUUUUGGAGCAGGAUUUCGUAACUGAUGGUCUUACCAAUUUCAUAAAUAUGCUGGAUUCUAUUGACAGUUUGAAGAAAUACAAAAAAUACUUUGAGAAAAUGCAAGGAAAUUUAGUUCAGCACUGGGUCAAUAUUAUACAAGAAUAUCGGGCAAAUUUCCAAUCGGCUAACUAUUAUGUCCUAUGUCAUGGAGAUUUUCAUCGAAAAAAUAUGAUGUUCAAGAACAAUAAGGCAACAGGAGAAAUAGAGGCUUGUAUGCUGAUUGACUUUCAGUUAUCCUAUCUUGGGCCCAUGACCAAUGAUAUCAUCUAUGCCAUAUAUAUGUUAUUUGAAGCCGAGCAUCGUAAAGACAAACAAGAUGAAUUGAUAUACUUUUACUUCAAAGUGCUGGAAGAGACACUAAAUAAGAUUGAAUUUCAGGGAAAAAUGCCAAAUUUGUUGGAAUAUCGUCGUCAACUUUUCCAAAAUAAAUACAAUGAUUUCUUUUUGAUGACCACUUUUAUGCCUGCCAUUAUAGCCAUGCACAAGGAAUAUGUGGAUUUUGGUGAUCUCAGUGUAAAUCCCAAAAAACGUACUGAAUUGUACUAUAAGAAAGAUUACCAAGAAGAAAUUAAAAUUCUCCUGCCACGCAUGCUGCAUCUAGGAUACUUUGAAGAACUCGAAAAUUAAGAAAACAACUAACAAACAGAACAAGACUUACUUUAAAGACUUAAAUUUAAACAUAAAAUCAAGUUA